CACUGCGGAGCGGAGCGGGGCUCCCGGCACGGCGGCAGCCGCAGCCCCGCACCGGCCCCGGGGCCGCCGGCACCGCGCAUCUUGCCUGGAGCCCUCACUCAGAGCCUGCGGAGGAGAGUGUGAGUGUCCACCUGAAGCAUGCCGCUGGUGAAGAGGAACAUUGAACCUCGGCACCUGUGCCGGGGGGCCCUGCCUGAGGGUGUGACGAGUGAGCUGGAAUGUGUCACCAACAGCACACUGGCUGCCAUCAUCAAGCAGCUGGGCAGCCUCAGCCGGCACGCUGAGGACAUCUUUGGGGAGCUGUUCAACGAGGCCAACAGCUUCUACAUGAGGAUGAACUCGCUACAGGAGAGGGUGGACCUGCUGGUCAUCAAGGUGACACAGCUGGACUCCACCGUGGAGGAAGUUUCACUGCAGGAUAUCAACAUGAGAAAGGCUUUCAAGAGCUCCACAGUGCAAAACCAACAGGUUGUGUCCCGCAAUUCCAUCCCCAACCCAGUGAUGGAGAUGUACCAGCGCUGCGACAAGCCCCCGCCGCUCAACAUCCUCACUCCAUACAGGGAUGACAAGAAGGAUGGACUCAAAUUCUACACCGACCCCUCCUAUUUCUUCAACUUGUGGAAGGAGAAGAUGCUGCAGGCGACAGAGGACAAGAGGAAGGAGAAACGCAGGCAGAAGGAGCAGCGGCUGGUGGAGGACUCCACUCGGGAGGUGAAGAAAGUGCGGAAAGCCCGCAACCGGCGCCUGGAGUGGAACAUGAUGGCAUACGAUAAAGAGUUCCGACCCGAUAACAGGUUCUCACCAUCCCCAUAUCACAUGGCAUCAUCGGAAGGAUCACUGUCCCCAGAUAAUAGAUCCUACACUUCAGAUGUUGCUGAACACUCGUACCCGGCAAGCCCCAACCACCCGGCACAGCUGCUGGCCCCGACGGCCCACCUCCCUGCAGAGCACAAGGAGGGGGUGCUGCCAGCGGUCCCCCCUCCAGAACAUGGCUACCGACCACCAGCGAGCAGCCGGCAGAACAGCCUCAACCGCGCCCAACAGCCCCACGCUCCGCAGCCCCCCGAGGCCGUGCUGAACGGGCCCAGACCGCACUUGGUCAAGGAUUUUGGGUACGGCUUCCUCUCGUGUCUCAGGAGAUGCGGGGAUGCUGCUGCCGUGCCCUGUGUUGCUGAUGGUCCUUCUCCCCUUUGCAGACCACAGCCGGUACCGAUGACGGAGUACUUCGUGCCGCCGGCCCCGCCGCCCCCGCCGCCUGUCAUCCCCUCCGCUCAGACCGCCUUCGACAGCCCCAUGGCGGCCCCCGCAGCGCUGCCCCCUGGCGCAGCCGCCCCCGCCGCCCACCCCUCGUACGCUCCCUCGCCGCCCCCCGCACCGCCCGGCCCCUACUCCGCUUCCCCGCCUCAGGCCGGCCCCAUGGGGCCACCCGUGGCCCCUCCACCGCCGCCACCGGGGCCCCCCGCUCUCAGCACCUCGCCAGCGCACUCAGCCUCACCGCCGGCCCCCGCCGCCGAGUCUCGGAAACCGCCGAUCCCUCUGAUGCCUAUGAGCGAUGCCCGGAGCGACCUGCUCGCAGCCAUCCGCAGGGGCAUUCAGCUUCGGAAAGUCCAGGAGCAGUGGGAGCAAGAGGCCAAGAAAGAGCCCGUGGGCAAUGACGUGGCCACCAUCCUGUCCCGCCGGAUCGCGGUGGAGUACAGCGAGUCAGACGAUGACUCCGAGCUGGAUGAUAACGAGUGGUCGGACUGAGGGGCCGUGCCAGGGGCUCCCCUGCAGCAGGUGCGUACGGCACUUCCCCCAAACCUGGAUGCCGACAACCGCCAUCAGCCCCGCUAAUUCAGGAGCUUUGCUUUCACACCGUGUUGAAAACCAUUCGGGCAGCGCUGGAGGCUGUGCACGGGUAGGAGGCACCUUUGAGGCAGUGAGGCCAGGAAUUAGCAGCACCUCCGCGCUUAAUGAUGCUGAAAAUGCUCUGGCUGGGUGAACGGGAGUGCCCCACAAGCUGGCUUCAGUGGAGAAAUGAAAGCAGAAGGCAGGAGAGCUUUUGCUGUUAAAUGUAUAAUUGGGAGCUCUGGGAGGAAACCAAAGUGUUUGUGACCCUUGAGCCCACUCCCAUCCUUGGGACAGAUUUCUGGGAGGAAAGGCAUGGCUCAUGCAGCUGGCAGGGAACUGGCGUGUGUAGUGCAAUGUAUCCUGAGGGUAAGGGAUGGGGAGCAAUGUCCCAAAGCCCCGCUAUCCUUGGUCAUAGUGCUGAGCUAUUAUAGUAUUAUUUAAAAAAAAAUAAUAAUAAUAGUUAGAAAACAAAAAAAUGCUGCUCUUAGGUAAACCCAAACCACUGAAAUUGAGGGUGAGGCUUGGGCUCACUCUCUUGAUUUGCACUUUGUAUCCCCAUGAACCCUACUGGUACAGUUGAGAUCAAUCCCAUCCCAGGGCACUGUCCUGGUGCUGCCCUGUCCCUUGUCCCUAAAGCACAGUGCAGGUGGGGAGUGCAGGAACGGGGCCCCCACCACUGUGCCAAAAAUACCAGUUUGCUCACCAAAAUAGAGCAUGAUUCAUAGCAGCCUUUUCACGGAGCUAUUAAAGGAGGAUUUGCGGGAGUACAGAGCAAAUGGGUGUGAAAUACUGAAAACAUCCCAGUCAGAGGUACGGCUCUGCAGAGCUGCAAGAGGCUUCCAACCAGCAGUGUAUGGGCCAGCACCAAUGUGGGCCCAUCUGAUGUGGCCAUGUGGCCCUCUCUUGUAUUCUCAUACGCCAUAAGCCCCAAAUGAGGGAAGAACCUGAGAACCACUCAUUACAUCUUUUCUGGAGAGAGGUCAGACUCGGUGCCCACCUUCCCCAGCUGCCAGUUGGACAUCAGAGCCAAAAGCUGCACAGGGAGUACUCUGAGCUCCUGGAAGCUAAGAGACCUGUAAAGCUGGUGGGAGGGCUGGCUGUGACCCCAAAGGCUCAUAGGGGCUGAUGCUUAAAUCCACCCUGCUGAUCUUAAAGGAUGCCCCGAGCAUCUGUUUAUUUCCCCUGAAGAGAAACACCCCGUGGUGGGACAUGAUAACCACAAGCCCCAACCUAUCAUCUGCUAAGAAGUGUCAUCAUAAGAUCUUGCUGGUGCUGAGUAACACAAAAUAGUCUCUGUCCCUUGGAUGUGACAUACCUCAUUUCUCUGCAUCCCACUGAAUCCUUCCAGUGGGACUGGAGCAGCCUCUUUCCUCCCACCACUGCCCCACAAGCAUCACUGUGAUGCUGACCAGGAUUUGGACUGGGUUCAGGAGAAGAUCAGAGUGACUGGAGAAGGAUUUCAGGUGGGAAGUGAAACCUUUUGGUGCUGGUGAGAGUCCUGCACCCUUCUCUGCCCUGCUGUGGUCCACAGCCAAGUGUAUGGUCCCCCCCUCUCCUUCAAGGAAGCUCUCCUUGACUUUAACACUGUUGAAGGAGAUACACAGAAAGUCCUUGGGCUUUUGGCCCCAUCCUUAUGCCUCCACCAGUGGGGCUUCCUUGUCAGAUUGGGAUUAGAAAAUCUUGUAUAAAAGAAAAAAAAUCAGAGUAACAUUUAAGCAGUCACCUGUCAGUACUUACUGCAGAACACUGUUAACAUAGAUGCACUUGUGAUACUGUUCUAUGUGGAAAGAAAUUGGUAUUUGAUAAUUUAGCAAGAGUAAUGGCCUCACAUGAGAGGCUGCCAUUCCUUUCAGGGUGUUCAUGGGGCUAACCCGUGCUGGGGCAGAACUGGAGCACCAUACCAGCAGAUGGAGGUGGGGAAGGGGCUCAGGGACACAUGGGGAUAGCUCAGCCUUUGGGUCAGUGGCUGCCCCCAUAGUGGGAAGAGGAGCUGAGUGCCCCUGCAAGGCUGGAGUCUCUUCACGCUCUUUGCUUUGCCACAUGGAAGCAUGUGAUGACUCUAGUAGGACUUGCUGUGGUUGCAUGUGAUGGGUGAGGAUGACCCCAGAAGGCUCAUGUUCUCAUCAUCCCAUGGUGACCCCAUUGUGACAUUAGGUUGGCAGCUAUCAGCCUGUGCUGUAAUCAGGGUCAGUGCCAUUGCAUGGCAAAGCAUUUGACAAUCACACACUCAACCUUGCUUACCCUGCACAUGGGUCACAUUGGCAAAGGAGCCAUGGACCUCAUGGUGGCAGGGAGCAGGGCUUACCCCCAUUUCCCUGCACCUUCAUGUCCCUAUGCCAUCCUCACCAUUGCCACCUCAACCCCCAAGGGAUUCCAGUCCCUUCCACAUCCCCAGAUCCAAAGCAAGGCAGCAUGACUGUAAGCCUCUGAGCAUCACUGUUGCUAGAAGACAUCACAGCCCAGCUCUUCUAAGGGCUGAGUCUGCCUUGGCUGCGCAGGAGAUAUCCUGAUAGGACAGAUGGGCUGAUCCACAGGUAGCCUCGCAGUGAGGUGCUGUGUUAGAGCUCUCUGCUCAGGUUUCUUAUGUAGUCAGUAAACAAGUAACCUGUGUAGUCAGUGUGGACUGCAAGCACCUAUUUCUGCUCUGAUUGCAGUGCCCCUCACACUCCCCAGCUCUCUCCUGGCAGCCUCACAAGGCAGAUGGGCAGCACCUGAUGGCACCAAAAGCCUAAUAUCAUUCAGCAGCCACACCUGCAAGGUCAGCUCUGCUGGCAGAGCAAUGCCCUCAAUGCCUUUGCUUGAGGGUCUCAGCCACCUCUGAGUACGACCAUCUUUAUUCCAGGUGUACACUGAUAUUUUUUGACCCGGUCACCUCUGAAAUCCAGCACAAGCUCUUUGGUGGGUCUGGGCCAGGCUAGCACUGCAGGAGCUGGUUGUGCCGGACUAAUUAAUGCUGGCUGGCUGACCCAUAUGCUGCACACUCAGUAUUUUGUACAUAUGUGCCUAUUUCUGUAUACACCAAAAGUAGGCCACCCUGCAUUAUACAACCUGAAAUGCUCAAGUCCCCAUGUGGGCUGAUAUAAAAGUGAAUAUUUAAAUAUUUUAUCUAGCUUGGCAGCCAUUAAAAAUACAAUCCAGGUCACAAAUGAUUGAAUUCCUCCUGUCUCUCAAGAGUACCAGAUGUGGGUAGGGGGGAUUCCCCUGCAUAUUUAGGUAUCAUGUUCCACAUUAAAACAUAGCAGUGGCAUUUCAUUGCCAAUAGAUAAUCACAGAGUGCCAAGCAUUUAAUGAGCCCAACCAAUCUCCUGAGGUUCCCAUUUGCCAUUUUAUCUGCCUUCUCCUCCUUGCCAAUUUAUGGGCAUAAAUUAAAAACAAUAAACAAAAUAUUGCCAGCAGGGGGAAGCACAUUCUGCACGCAUACAUAUGAUCUAGGCUUGAGUCAUCCAAAAAAAUAAGCUGGUUUGCCUCUGCUCAGAGAUGUAACAGGAGACUUUAGUACCUGAGGCCCAUCAGGAACCUCUUGGGUGUCUCCAGUUGACCUGGAAAGGGACAUUAGGAGAGCACUGUACCUGUGGGUUGUGCAGGCUGGUCUGGCUGAUGUCUGGUGAAGGUUAUGGCAUAAGUCAGGCAGUGUUCACAAUCCAGACUUGCACGCAGCUUCUCCUCAGUCUUGGAGGCGACUCAGACCCAGUAGCUGAUGCUGGCAGGUUUUAGAGGAUCAGUGUCCUAAAGGAAUAAAAAGGCAUUGGGUGGCUUCUGGUUCUCCGUCCUAGGCAGACACCUAGAGGGGAGUGAGCAUCACAUCCUGCGAGAGCUCCUGCACUGACAGUAGUUUCAUCCCAGUGAGGCUCUGGACUGGUGGGAAGCAUAAGGCUAAGCACAGGUUCUCCAAGGAGCUCCCUUCCCUCCUUGCAACUUUGACAUCUAUAUCUCCUUUUCCCCCUGGGAACAGAACCUGAAUCAGCACCUUCCCUGUAAUGACCAAGGGAAGCCCCACACAGAGGGAGACAGGUUGCAGCACCAGAGGUCCUCAUUUGGAGGGUGCUUCGUCACAGCAUCGUAGCACAGCCCUGAGGAUGGAGCAUGGAGGGCCAUGGGAAGCUCUCCCCAUCUGGCACAGGGAGCACAGACUGUCCUUCUCACUACCCCCUGUUGUCCUGUAGUAGUUGUUGUUAUUUAGGGUUAAGAGUUUCUAGGCUGGCACAUCGCUUCACAGGUAAAAAUAAAAGUAAGGACAAGGGCUCUGUCCUGAGGAGCUUACAGUUUACAGUAAAGACCGUAUGACCUGCACUGCACUUUAGAAGCCACAAAUGCUCACUUACUCACAUACCCAUGAAUUUAUCCUCCCAACUGGGCAGCAGCACCUCAAGGACCACUGUCCCUUCCCCUAGGUGACCCCACAACCAGUGCCACAACCGCACCCCCCUGCUGAUAGCAGGGCUCUCUGUCCCUCCACCAUCCCCACGCAGAAGUGCCUGAGCAAAGCAUGGGAGCAGUGAGACAUGCUGAUCUUGUCUUCAUAUGGGUGGCCAUCCCCAGGCCCCUGUUCCACAUGGGGCUGUGCCCUCCUAGGAUGACCAUGAACAUGGUAGAAAACACACCUAGAAGUGCUGGCAUGGCUACCUGUUGGCACUUAGAGCUGCCCAUGCAAUAUAUGUGAUGCCCCCAAGCUCAUAGACGUCCUCCUCCAGGCAUUUUUACUUAACCCUAAACUCUAAAAUACUUCAGUCUUUAAGAGCCAGAAGAGUUUUUCCCCUUGUCUCCUUUGUAUGUAUGUGUGUGUGCAAAUCUAACCUUUUUACAAACGUCAACUUUUCUAGACUCACUCAUGCAGACUUUACUUUCUCCAGGUGAGAAUCACACAAGGAUUUUGCUGAGAAGGGGAAGGAGUGUCAUAGGAUUCAGUGGAUAUUCAUCCCAAAGCCUUCAGUACUAUGCUCACAGACAGGUUAGGAGAGGCAAUGGGAUGGGCCCAAAGCAGGGUUCCCCUUGCUGGGAACCAUCCUGACUGCGGCAUCCCUUGCAGGCAGUGUUGGUGUAAUAUCAGUAUUAGUCUCUGUUCAUGCUGAUAUAUUUCCCUGAGGCCACUGAUAGCUCUGUAACACUACACGAUAGUAGGUUAUGGAUCUUUCACCUUCCCACCUCUCUUCUAACAGAUAUAGUCUCACAGGUGGCCCUGUUCAGAGCAGCACCCAGAGGUCCCUCUAUAGUCUUUUGCAUUUAGUGAGAAUGUGCUUAAAUCUGUUGCUGGCAUUCUGAUUGGAGUUGUGAACCCAUGUGCUGGUGAAGCAAGCCUUACCUUGCACUCCUCUCCUGUGGCAAGAAGGUCAAGGGACUGGAGCAUUCCCAGGAGCCUCCAGCUUGAUGGCAAUUCCAGCACUGAGCAUGUAAGAAGUAUUAAGAAGUCAGAGGAAACAAAAUAGAAAGAAAACACUGUCAUCUUAGCUCGGUCAUGCUCCCACCACUCUGUACAAGAAUACCCUUAGAUAAGCAAAACCCACUGCAAAGUAAUAAAGUAAUCUGAAAAAUAAACAUAUUUAAACCCCAGAAAAAUAAAGCAAAGAAAAAACUUACAUGGCUGCCAGGAAAAAUAAAUAAAUGAGUAAAUGAAUAAUCAGCCCAGUGCUGCCCACCAGCUGCUGCCACCAAACCACCUCCAAAAGUUGCUUCAUAUGAAACUCAUUCACAAGAGCAAAAGAAUCAGCCCACCAAACCACAGCUCAGCAAAGAGAUGAGCCUCUAUUAUGGUAGGAAGUGCUUUUAUCCCUGAAGGCCCCAGCUCAGCUCAGGUGCUUCAAAUCCCACUGAUUUCACCCACUGUCAGUGCUUGUUAGUUCCUGAUGCCUCUGCUGCUACCUGACAAAAGGCCUCUUGUCAUGGAAAAUAUAUAACCAUAGCACUCUUGAGAUGGAAGUGAGGUGGACUUAGAGUCUAGUGAAGUCACUGUGAUGCACACUGGGGAGCUGCUGGCUCUGUUAGGUGUGCUCUGAGGCUGGAGGAGAGGUGCUGCUGCUGGUUCCCAAAUCUCAUUCCACUAUGAGUGUUAGUUGUGGAUCCACCACCACAGUUGGUUUUUGCUGAGGGGUUUCAGGUCUACUUUCAGCUGUGGCCAGUUACCCACACAUAGAGCCUUUCUUUGUGGUGCCUUUCAUCUCAUGUUGGAGCAGAUUAGAACAAAGAAAGGAAAACUCAUACUGAAGAGAAACCUUUUGCUCUGAAAUGCAGUUUUAGGAGUGUUUUGGGGCUGGUGGCUCCCCAUUUUCCUUUGCUGUGGGGACUUGCCAAGGGUGUGUGGCUUUGGGCAGUUGCUGCAGUGUUAUCACUGACACAAGUGCCUUCUCUGGGGAUCUCCCAUGUGUUUCCAUGGAGCACCCAACGGUUGGAGCAGCAGUGAUGGAAAUCCAGCUUUCAGAGCUCCCAACCCCAACUGAGGGGAGGGACAGGGCAUUUCUAAGCAUUUGUAAGUGUUUCUGUUGCUCAGCAUCCCCACGUCCAGGUGACCUGCCCACACAAUGAGCUAUCGACCAGGAUUUCACCUUCCCUGCAUGUGAGGUUUUACCCCAGGGUAGCCUUGGCAUGAGUUUUCACUCUGAUCUUGGCCAGCCUAAGGGAAACCCACUCUGGCAGGCAUACAGGUGCACACAUUGAACCUUUGACAGGGAACAGUCUCCAGAAGGGCACAGUGGGGUUGCAGGGAGGGCAAAAACCCAUCCUUGUUUGGCUGCAGGACAUGCUUGUGGCUUUGCUUCAGGUUGUAUACAGGAGGAAUCAUUCUCUUCUUCUUCCUUCUCCUUCUUCUCCUCUCUUCUCCUCCUCCUUCUUCUCCUCUCUCCUCCUCCUCCCAGUCUGCUGGAUGGGCUCAGGGCAGGAUGUCCUUGGGGAAGGAGCAGUAGCUCCUGCAAAAGGCUCAGGUUUUACUGCUAGCAGACUUAUUACCCACAUUCCUUUCCAUUUCCCACUUGGUGGAAGCAGCCGACAGGAGAUGAGCACCACUCCCUCAGGAGGGUCACACAAUGCAGGGUAUAACCCAACUUCCUUUAUUAUAUAGUUAACUAUAAAGAAGAAAGAGGUGUUCACUGUCUAAUGGGGUCUUUUAACCACGUGCACUUAGUCAGUAGGUGAGUAGAUGUUGCUGCUUGUACCUAUCUACAUCCCCAGUUGCUACGUGUGACCACAUGUAUCCCAGCACCACGGGCUCUGCCCUGUCACUGGGAGGAAUGGGGGAAGGAUGGAGCCCGCCAAGAGCCGGAGCACCGCUUGUGACUGAUCUGUGAGAAACGUCGUCCGACAUAAUCCCCAACUGUUGACACUUUAUGCAUGUGCUAAUAAAAAAAUAGAGUCAAAUAAAGAUUUUAAGAGGUUCGAGUACA